AGUGCGGCCGUCAUGGCGUCGCCCUUCAGCGGGGCGCUGCAGCUGACGGACCUGGAUGACUUCAUCGGGCCGUCUCAGGAGUGCAUCAAGCCUGUCAAAGUGGAAAAAAGGGCGGGAAGUGGCGUGGCCAAGAUUCGCAUUGAAGAUGACGGGAGCUACUUCCAAAUUAACCAAGUAAGGCACAGGAGGCUGCUCCACUAUCUCUCCUGCCCGGCUGAUCCGAAACACUUUUCUCUGCUUCCUCCCGUCACAGAGCUGUGACCCUGAGACGCUCCAGGUCUCACCAGUCCUUUCCCACUGGUCGAAUUCACCUGCCAUCUGGGAGGCCGGGGGUCAGGAUGCCUGGGGCAGGUGAAUGAGCAGCACCCAGGCCAAACAGCUUGAUCUGCUCAGCAGAGGGGCUAUUUGCAGAGAUGGUGGAUCCUGUCUGCGUCCGCCUGUUCCUCCUAGUUCUAACCAUAGCCCACCUUCGGCAUUUUCCUGCCCUACAGCCCCGUGAGUGUGCACCGGGGCCAGCACCCCGUCCAGGGCCCCAUGGGUGAGUGGGGUGGCUGCUGCUUUGCUGAGAUACCGGUGGCAAGCCUUAGCCCUGUGAUUCGGAUGCACUAACCAAGUGGUACCAAGAAGCAGACUUGACGGCGUUAUGAAACUGUAGAGCGACGGCGGGACCCGGAGGCUGGAGAAGGCCAAGGUCUCGCUAAACGACUGCCUGGCGUGCAGCGGCUGCAUCACCUCCGCAGAGACCGUGCUUAUCACCCAGCAGAGCCACGAGGAGCUGAAGAAGGUUCUAGAUGCUAACAAGAUGGCGGCACCCAGUCAGCAGAGGCUGGUUGUAGUUUCGGUCUCACCACAGUCUAGAGCAUCGCUAGCUGCACGGUUUCAGCUGAAUCCUACAGACACUGCCAGGAAAUUAACCUCAUUCUUUAAAAAAAUAGGGGUGCACUUCGUCUUCGACACCGCCUUCUCAAGGCACUUCAGCCUCCUGGAGAGCCAGCGAGAGUUUGUGCGGCGAUUCCGAGGACAGGCCGACUGCAGACAGGCGCUGCCCCUGCUGGCCUCCGCCUGCCCAGGCUGGAUCUGCUAUGCCGAGAAGACCCACGGCAGUUUCAUCCUCCCCCACAUCAGCACCGCCCGGUCCCCGCAGCAGGUCAUGGGCUCCCUGGUCAAGGACUUCUUCGCCCAGCAGCAGCACUUGACCCCCGACAAGAUCUACCACGUCACGGUGAUGCCCUGCUAUGACAAAAAGCUGGAAGCCUCCAGACCCGACUUUUUCAACCAGGAGCACCAGACACGGGAUGUGGACUGUGUCCUCACAACAGGAGAAGUUUUCAGGUUGCUGGAGGAAGAGGGCGUCUCCCUCCCCGACCUGGAACCAGCCCCUCUGGACAGCCUGUGCAGCGGUGCCUCUGCAGAGGAGCCCAGCAGCCAUCGGGGAGGGGGCUCGGGGGGCUACCUGGAGCACGUGUUCCGGCACGCGGCCCGAGAGCUCUUUGGAAUCCAUGUGGCUGAGGUUACCUACAAACCCCUGAGGAGAGUGGGAGAGAGCCCUGGGAGCUGCCCGGUCAUCCCCUGGAGCCCAGCAGGCCUCCCCUUCCAGGCAGGCAGGAGCCUGGUGGGUGUGCCAUGUAGACAAACCCCGCCUGUGCCCCCCAGGAACAAAGACUUCCAGGAGGUGACACUGGAGAAGGAGGGCCAGGUGCUGCUGCACUUCGCAAUGGCGUACGGCUUCCGCAACAUCCAGAACCUGGUGCAGAGGCUCAAACGAGGGCGCUGCCCCUACCACUAUGUGGAGGUCAUGGCCUGCCCCUCAGGCUGCCUGAACGGCGGGGGCCAGCUCCAGGCCCCAGACAGGCCCAGCAGAGAGCUCCUCCAGCACGUGGAGAGACUGUACGGCAUGGUCCGGGCUGAGGCGCCCGAGGACGCGCCUGGGGUUCGGGAGCUGUACACACACUGGCUGCAGGGCACGGACUCGGAGUGUGCAGGUCGCUUGCUGCAUACGCAGUACCACGCCGUGGAGAAGGCCAGCACUGGCCUGGGCAUCCGGUGGUAGGGGCUGCAGGACCAGGACUCCCAGGAGGCCGUGUCCAUGUGUGACAGCAGAACCACAUGCCCCAAGACCCCAGGGCUCCCCCCAAAAUUCUGAGUGAGCUGCAGGGUGUGCUGGGACCCGAGUAGGAGCUAGGACUGGCCAGGACCCGCAGCCGCCUCGUCACCUCCAGUUGGGUGCCUCUGGGUUCCCACUGGCUCUGCCCAGGUGGGGUGGGGUGGCCCAGGCAGCAGAAGGUUCCCUGAGGUCCCAGAGCCUGUUCCGUUGGCCCUGGGCCGAGGCCCACAGGUGCUGCCCUUGCUGUUGCUGGUCGGGCACCCAAGUGCGUGAGGGGCUUCAGCCUGUCCCGGGGUUGCCUGAGGCAGAGCAAGACGGGUUCUCACCCCUGACUUCUGGAGGCUUCCCUUGAAGCUCUGUGCAAAAGGUGGGAGACAGAGCUGGACCUGCAGGGGUGGUCCCGCCACAACCCUGCGUGUGGACCCUGGCAGGAGGAGGUGCCAGGCCCCUGGAAAGCAGGGGUUACCGUUACGAGGCUGUGGUCCGGGGCAAGCCAAGUACAAAGCAGCAGCCAUCGCUGGCUGCAUCAUCCCCCAGCCAGGUCCCCACCAGGCCUGUCUCCCAGCGUUUGUCUAAUAAAUGCACCCCUCCUAAAACA